CUUCAGUUGGUUGUCUCUCUUUGUGGUCCAGUGCAGAUGAAUGGAAUCUGAUGUACAGUGUUGAGGUGGAGGCAUAAGGGAGUCAGAGGUACUUUUGACUGACUGCCUCUCGGUAACUUUCUGCAACAUCAGAUUUAAAGAUUCCUCCCAUUUCUACCGGCAAACUCACAGCUCAGAAAUGAAGAAAGACCUGUUUCUAUUCUGCUUUUUGGUCUCUGCACUGUCUGCUUAUGUACAAAGUAAGCCUCGUGGAAAAAAUCAGCAUGUCAAAAACAGCCCAACUCCACAAGAGCAGUUAUUUACGUCGGUGAAGCUUCUUGACAGUAAGGAUGGAGUUCUGCCCACAUUUCUGCCUUUUGAGUCCAGCUCUCAGGAUGAAGACACGAGUGAAGAGAAGGAAAGCCUUGUGGAGGUGAAGCAAGUGGGGGCAGAAGAGCUUGAAGGUUCAGAGGGUGGUGAGAAGAAUACACCUUUGCUCCUGAGUGAGGAGGCACUGACUCAACUCCUGCAGGUCUCAGAGGAGGCAGAUGAAACUAUGGAGGAGGAUGAAGGUCCAGAAAAAGACAAAGAAGUUAAGGAGACUGAGGAGGAGGAGGGAAAGGAAAAGAGAGAAUCUACAAUGGAGAAUGAAGAUGUAACUGAGAAGAGUGAAGGUGAGGAUGCAAAUGAAACUGACAGCAGUACUGAGUCAGAAAUACCAAUGGGUUUGGUCUAUGCAGCUGAUCGCGAUGCGUCUCAGCCACUCUCCACCAAGCUGGAGACCAAAGCUUCUAUGGAAAAAGAUGUGGCGGAAACAAUCGAAGAUGUGAUCCCCACAGCCAUAAUGGACUAUGAUUCCCUGCAAUCCAUCAACGACUCAGAGGACAUUGCAGAGGAACAGGAAGUGCCAACAGAUCAAACACAAGAUGAGCCUUUUCAAGACUCUGAGAUUGACAAUGAAAAAAAGAAGAGUGAUCAACAGGAUGAGAAGGGCAGCAUUGAACCUGAGACCACUAUUAUUUCUAGGGGCAAGAAGGCAAAGAAAGAGAAGAAACAGCAGAAGAAUGAAAGUAAUACACAUGGAAAGGCCAAGGCCAAGAAGCGGAGAAACAACCAGCAGCUGGAGAAGAUGCAGAGUGACCAAGCCACUGCAAUGGAAGCCAAUGAGGACCCAGAAAAAAGGGUGGAGCCCACUGAAAAUACAGAGCCUAAAUCCAAAAAGAAGAAUGGGAAAUGGACUCGUUUGGUGGGGAUGAAUCCUGUACAGAUUAGGGCCACUAUGGAGCUUUACCCUGACAUUCGGCCCAGCAGACAGGGGGAGCCAGCUGACCCCUGUGAGAACUUUCGCUGUAAAAGAGGAAAGACAUGCAAAAUGAACGAUGAGAACAAGCCCGUCUGUGUGUGUCAGGAGCUGUCAGAAUGUCCUCCCAGUGUAAAUGAUUUUGACCAUGUUUGCGGAACUGACAAUAAGACAUAUGACACAUCCUGUCAGCUCUUUGCCACCAAGUGUAGUCUUGACGGGACCAAAGUAGGCCACAGACUUCACCUGGACUACUCUGGGUCCUGCAAAUUUAUUGCUCCAUGUCUAGAGUCAGAGCUGGUGCAGUUCCCUCUGCGAAUGCGGGAUUGGCUGAAGAAUGUGCUUCUGCAAUUAUACGAGCAUGACUCCAUGUCUCCUGGCUUUCUCACUGCUAAACAAAGAAUCAGGGUUCAGAAGAUCUAUGAGAGCGAGAGGCGUCUUCAUGCAGGCGAUCACCCCGUAGAGCUUCUACAGCAGGACUUUGAGAAGAACUACAAUAUGUACAUCUAUCCAGUGCACUGGCAGUUUGCACAAAUGGACCAACAUCCUUCAGACAGGAUUCUUUCUCACUCUGAGCUGGCUCCUCUGCGCGUUCCCCUGGUUCCCAUGGAGCAUUGCACCUCUGUCUUUUUCCAAAAGUGUGAUGCUGACAAGAACAAACUAGUCUCCUUCAAAGAGUGGUGCAGCUGCUUUGGCAUUAAAGAAGAGGAUAUGGAUUCUAAUCUGCUGUUCUGAGCAUCUCUGAGCUGCAAUAGAAGCAAGUGAAGGUUGUGUUUACUUCGAAGAAAGAUAUAAAUAAUACUGGAGGUCUGUUUGUUCAGUGAAAUGGUACUGUUUUUUUAAGUGUAAUGAUUAUGAUGGACAAGAAUAUUUUAAACUCUUUUUUUGUAUGCAUUAUAUUGUGUAGCAUAUUGGUUAUUAACAAAAUUAACUAUAUUUAACGAUUUAGCUAAAAAUUACAAAUAAAUAAAUCAAAUAAAGUGUAGUUUUAGUGUUUGAGUGUUUUUUUAUGCAUUCCAGUGAGGGAAAAGUUUACAUAGUGAAUAAAAGAAUAAAAUAAAAGUGAUUUCAUAAAAUUGUUUCCAAAUUAUUUCAGAUAAAUAAAAAUGCCACUCUAUGUCCUUGUUAUUGAACAGUUAGCAUAUUUAUUCCAAAUUAUAUUAAUGAUUAAAUGAAUGAAUCAAUAAUUAUUUUUUUCAAACAGUUUUUCAAACAGUUUUUAUGCUCAUGUAAAUAAAUAAUCUUAAAUAAAAAAAUAAAUCUUAAACACCACUUGCUUAAAAAUUGAUAACUGAGAAUCAUUAAAAUCAUUAAAGUUACGGUUCAAUAGCAAGUUUUCUGUCCUCUGUCACAAGCCUUGGAAGCUUUGUUAUGCACACACUUACAACGGUUAUGUGUUUUGAAAAGAAAUAUGUGGGUUAUGACCAUUAAAACAAAUAAAAAAAACUGUGUCUGGAACAAACCCUUAGGACGUCAUUAAAUUACUUCGGUCAGGACUGUGUGCCUAAUUGUGCAACACGAUUCAAUGACUUCUGUGUGAGCAGUU